CUGGGAUCCGAAGCAGCACGGGAAGACGCCCCAGGCGAGCUGCUGUGGCUGGGGGAGCGUCACUGUCGGCACUGUCGCGGAGAGCGCAGCAGCUGCUCCGGCAGCGCUGCCAUGGCGCAGGCACAGCUCAGCUCCUGGCUGCUCCUGUGUGUGUUUGCUGCAUCCCAGAGGCUGACAGAUGAACACCCUCACAGCGGCACCAACAGAGCCCGUCGCGGCCCAGAGGACGCUGGCAUCAUGUUAGAGAUGCUCUGGGGAAGGCUGGAUAUUCAGGCCAACGGGACGAUCCGGCUGCGGGAUGAAGAGCUGGCCUCUCUACGCCCGGCACGGCGCUUCCUGCAGAUUUUAGAGGAGGAAGUUCCCAAAACACCGGCAGAGAUUGAGCAGCAUCUGAGAUAUUAUUCACUGACUGACACUCCCUUGCCUCCGACAGAGUUUGACCGUCUCCUUUUCACCAGUGUUUACAGUGCCUAUCAGGUUCGCUCUGUGCAGGGUCUGGAUAAAACCCCCUGGGUUGGCUUUUUCUCUCAGCUGGUUGAUGAAAUCUUUCGUGACCUGUGCAAGGGGCUCUGCCCUGCAAAUACCACUCUCCUCCAGGCUUCCUGGCCUUGGAAGGAGAAGCCUUCACAUUUAGCAUCCCUGAAACAUUUCUAUCGCUCUAACCUGGCUAGGACCAAGAGAGAAACCUGAUGAGGGAACCCCACUGUAGGAAAGGGCACACCUGGCUUCAUCUUCCUCCUUGGUUAUUUUCAAUGCUUUCCACAGUGUCCAGGACUUGAAUAAAUAUGCCACACCUUUUUAUCCAGCUUUCUACACUGUGCUGGUAACCCUAUCAGGAUUUAUGCACAAGCUUUUAUUUUUAAAUGAAAAAAGGAUGAAACUGUAAAGAGCAUUUCUCCUUUUCCUGACUUUUUGCUAAGUGGGCUGUGCUGAAGGGGGCAGUGCUAUUUAGAUGCCUUAUCUAUCUUGAUCACUGAUGCUUAGGAGAGAUGGCAUGGAAGUAUUUUUCCAGGAUAUUAUGCUGGUGUCACAGCUGACUUUCAGAUAAUUCAGUACACUCUCCUUAUAUUCUCCCUGUGGUUUCAGACAAAUACAAGAUCUUUUCUCCAGUAGCAGCUAAGCAGGUUUUGUUGUGUUUCACGAUAUAGGUCACAUAUUUAAUUUCAUUUUUCUCCCCAUGUGGCAUCAUAUUUUAUGUGUCAACAGCAAUUUCCCAUCUCAUGUAUUCAUUUUUCUUUAAAAAGCAACCUGAAAUUGUAUGUAUUCCAUGAAGCUUUCUAGUAUUUCCAUAUCAUAUUUACACAUACACACAGCUUUGUUUCAGUUAUCAUUUUGGAAUAUACUUCCUGAAAUCUCAUUUAAAUUCUGAAGGAUCCUGACCUAGUUAUUUCUUCAGCAGAUUUUGCCUCUCUUCUGUAAAGUUUUUUUUUUUUGUGCAGCCUUGCAUUUUACAAGCCAAACAUAAUAAAUACAUAGUCUCUAUCCUCAAAAUCAGAAAGAUAAUUGUUUUCAGAAAGACAUCAUUAACAUUUGUCUGUCUUAAACACUGCAGUGUGGAAUUAAAUAAAUGUAAUUAUCUCCUCAGGAAGGUUUUGAUUUUGGUUCUUGUUUCUAUCAGAUUUCCUGCUACCACUAUAAGUACAUAAAUUUUGAACAUUUGUUGCACGUGCUUAGAUGAUGGGAUCCGUAAUUCCCAUUCUAUCCAUAUAAUUUUUCCAUGUUCAACAAAAGAGGCAUGUGUGACCUUCAAAGUGGGAACUGCAGCUUCUGACCUAGUUAAUCUUUUUCCAAGCCAUUGUAGACAAACAGAUGGAGAGGAGAAAUGGUAAGGCAGGAACAAGAAGCCUGGAAGCAAGAUAUUGCAGACAAUGGUUUUAGAGGUCAGCUUAGGAUUAUGACAGAAGGAGAUAGAUUUAAAGCAGGUUGUUUGGUGCUGGAUUUUUGUUUUGUGUGUUUGUUUAAUUUUGGUUUGUGCUUUGGGGUCCUUUUUGUUUGUUUUUCACCCCAAAGAAUACAGGAAUUAAAAUUAGAAUUUAAUUUGAAGUAAAACAUCUUGUCUCACCUAAUGUUCUGUUAUUCUUUUUUACAUACUUCCAAUCUUUACCCUUCACCCUUUUGCCAAAUAUGCCCCCAGUCUUUAAUGUCUAGGAUAUAUAUGGAGUGACAGAGGCAGUGAGUGGAUGCAUUCAAGCCAGUUUUGAGCAGAGUAUCAUCAAAAAGCUGAGCUGAGAUGGCACAAGUGCAUGGAAAUACUGUCUUGCUGGAGAAUGCACAGCCUGAGCCAUACAAAUAUAUGGAAAAAGGCUGAGUGGGUUGGCUUGUGACUCAGAUGCCAACACACUGCUUUGAACUCAGGAUUUUGUUAGGAGCAGUUUUAGAGCAUUGCUGCCUGUUGAACAGAUUAUAAAGUACACUGAAGUGAUGUCAUGAAGCUUUGUACAUGCUUAAGGUGAUGCACUUUUGCAGUUUAUGUAUUUUUGGGAUACAAACACAAGGGUUUAGCUCAACUGAAACAACACCAGUGGUGCUAUGAUGAAGUCUCCUGUGCUCCCAUUAACUCCUCAGCAGAUCCUGCCGGGAGCGCGCCGCUCUGUCGGACUUUUGGAACACAGCAGCGUCCUCUACAGCCACAGCAGCCUCUCCACAGGGAAAACUCUGGCUGGAACUCGGCAUGUACAAAACCACUGGGACAUGGAUGCUGAAAACAUCACCCAGGGUUCCUCUGACCCUGCCUGCAGGAGGCUACCAGUGCAGCACGUGGUGGGCUAGCAGCACCCUGGUGUUCAAGGGGCUCAUUUCUGGGGAAGGUAACGCCCUUGCGGUCAACAGUGCCACUGCUGGCAUGGUACUACUCACCCUUGGUGUCAUGAGCCUGCUCCUGAUCCAAAGCUUUAGAGAUUUAAAAACAUUUCUUAUUCUUCUUACUUACCUCACUUCUGGGCUUUCAGAGCAUGUUCCAUUCAUAGAUUUGAGUCCUUAUCUUUCACUACAAGAAGACUGCACUUUUGUUUGUUUGUUUCUAAAUGUAUUCUUUACAUAAAACUGAAUCUGAGAUUCUCAA